AUGGACAUCUCUGGAUUUUCGUACCCUUCUCUAUCGUGGAUACUCCAGCAGAGAUUAGUAAAGGACGUGGCACUGACUAUCAUGUGUAACAGCCGACCAAUACUUCCUUUGCAAUCUUUGACCAGCCCUAUUGGCCCCGUAUUCUAUCAAGCCGCCUUGAUUUCCAAUCCUCCUAUACCUAUAUCUCGGGUACGCAGCAUGGACGUUAAAGAAAUAGAAUUCAAGUCUAAGGCAUUGACGAAGGCUGCGACAUCCGGAGAAACCCCAGCAACAUUGAUAUCAUUGCUUAGGGAGCUACAAAAAGGUGUGCGGCCGACAGAGGACCUCCUGCGCUCCACAAAAAUCGGUAUCAUUGUCAACAAGCUCAAACAGCAUAAGUCACCCGACGUUGCUCGUUUGUCUAGUGAAAUCGUCUCGAAAUGGCGUAGCGAAGUCAACAAACAAAAGGUCACUGUAGGUGGUUCACCAGCCGCAAGCCAGAGAUCCAGCGAUUCACCCAAGCAGACUCCCAACGGCACUGCGUCACCGGCAUCAACGGGCGCUGCAGCGACAGAUAGACUGGCCAAAUCUACGGUUCCCCCAGACAAGCGCAGUUGGAAAACAGAUCAGCUUACUAUCACGCACACCCAAAAUAAAUCUCGCGAUAGCUGCAUCGGACUGAUUUACGAUGGUCUUUGCUUACAUUCCACCGAGCCGCCGCGCGUCGUUCUCCAAAAGGCCAUCCAAGUCGAAUCAGCCGCCUACAAUGCCUUCGGCCCAGAAACGAAGGAACAAUAUCGCACCAAGAUGCGCAGUCUGUUCCAGAACUUGAAAAAUAAAUCCAACCCGGACCUCCGUGUGCGCGUGCUCUCCAACGAAAUCACGCCAGACAAGUUUGUUCGCAUGACGCAUGACGAACUCAAAUCUGACGCACAACGUGAAGAAGAACGCAGGAUCCACAAGGAAAAUAUGGAUAAAGCUAUGGUUGCGAAGGCGGAACGGAGUAUCAGUACAAGCUUGCAGUGCGGCAAGUGCGGACAGAAGAAGGUCACGUAUACGGAAGCGCAAACGAGGAGUGCAGAUGAGCCUAUGACAUUGUUUUGCACAUGCGUUGGGUGGCAUUCAGUUUGCGUCUUCCACUUUCCUGUUCGCUAUUAA